AUGUUACCACUCACGAAGGAACUGGCUGAAGUUUUCGCCGAAGACUCUGACGGUGAAACAACUUUUUACGGCUUUUGUGACGCUGAACUGAGCGACGACUGCGACAAGAAUAGUGACAUGGAAGAUGCUGCUCCAGAUGGAGACUGGCCAGUUAUCUCUAAGCAGCAGAACACCAAAACGUCAAAAGCUUUCAGACUGAGGGUGGCCCUCCGCUCAUCUCUGACGGCCAACAAUUCCACUGAAGAGGAGGAGCAGGAUGAUUAUAAUGAUGAUCGUGUAAAGAAAGAAGAGCAUACACAAAAGAUUCGGGCAAAGGAAAUCGGACAAGCUUGUUUUGAAGAAGAGCAUGACUCAUUCCUGGUGAAGAGAGAACAGAACAUCAAAGCUAACAAAGCCAUGUUGGCUCAGCUGAUGGCAGACCUGCAGAAGAUGCCAGGAGGUGUCAGUCUUCUAAUAAAACAAGAAGCAAAGCAGCUCAAACGGGAAAAAAAUCGUCCACUCCGGGAGCCCAGAAAGAACCUGGAGCCGACAUCCCGCCGACAGACUCGCUCCAUGGGUGGCUGCGAGGCCCUUUCAGGCCCUCACGAAGCCAAGCUGGAGCUCAGCCUGGAAGAUGAGCUUUUUGAGGUGCGGCGAGCCCCGCAGCAGCGAAGCGCUCCACGGCCUAAUCAGAGCAAACCUCACACGAUUCGGCAGGUGGAUGACAUCACAGAGGACGAGCUCCAGUUGGUGGCUGAAAACAUGACUGAGAAAGUCUAUAACAGAGUCACUGGCACCACGUGUCACCAAUGUCGCCAAAAGACAGUGGACACAAAGACGUGCUGCCGUAAUGAGGGCUGCAGGGGCAUCCAGGGUCAGUUCUGUGGGCCGUGUCUGAGGAAUCGAUACGGGGAGGAUGUCAAAAAGGCACUGCUGGAUCCGAAUUGGCAGUGCCCACCCUGCCGAGGCAUUUGCAAUUGCAGCUUCUGCCGGCAACGAGAGGGCCGCUGCCCCACUGGCAUCCUGUUCCCGCUUGCGCAGUACCACGGCUUUACGGAUGUCCACUCCUACCUCAGCAGUCUACGCAACAAACUGAAGAGUGAUGGUGAUGAAGUACAGAUGUGA